AAUCUGUCACACAAUGUCAUGCCUCUACACCAAGACUGCACCUUAGUAGUCUUAGUAUCGUUUAUCAGUACCCCGCUCUCUCUUGCGUUCUGCUUUUUACAUUUACAGUUUUGUCUUCUGUCCGACACGAAAAUCGGUUUUCAUUUCCAGUUUCCUGCAUUUCCAUUUUCCAUUUGCAUUUUCAGGUCUCAGUGCUUGCCUACAAGGUCAGGGACCAUGAUGCCGUUUCCUGCUUUUCGAAAAAGGACUUAGCACCUGAAGUCUUGUGCUGUCUCAAUACAGCAUGGGGUUAGAUGUAAGACUUGAAGUCAGCAUGUCUUUGAAAUGUGGGCAUCUCUUCACACUGCUCUUCUUCAUUGUGUCCGUCACAGGAAUUCAAGACCGAAGCAGGCUAAAUCCAUCAGAGACCCUUCACACUAUCAGCUUAACAAACCUGCCAAACCCACCAAAGCAGAAUUCAGGGAUCAGGACUAUAUUUGAAAUGGAAAAGCAUCGCAUCAAGAGGUCAGACUUCUUCCACUCAGAGGUGAAAGUAUGUCCGCAGGAGACGAUGAGGGAAGUCAUAGCAAGCCACCAAACAUACUACACACUGAGAGUUUGCCAGGAGGCUGUAUGGGAGGCUUUCCGGAUCUUUCUGGACAGAAUUCCCAGCAGCUCAGAGUACCAGAAAUGGGUCCACAAAUGCCAGCAUGACUCUAUGUGUAUCUCAGAUCUCGCCAUGGAUUUCAGCAAUUCACAGGAACACAUAGACAUGGUCUACAGGAGGGUGAAUAUGAAUAGUGAAAAAUUAGAACGAAAUAUGACUGAAGAGCCAACAACUGAUGAAGCACCAAGAACGGAAGGCUCAGAAGAAGUCCUGACUGAAGCAGCAGUAGAAGAAUUUGUUCCCCCAGAUCUGUCUAGCACUGUCAGUACUACAACAGGCACCUCUUCUGCCUCACAGGAGUUGGAUCUUCACAAUGUGGUUCCUGAGCAGCCAGUACAUCAGGUCAUAGAGUUCAGCGUUAUACUAAUGGACUAUGGGUAUCAGGAGAUACUGAGAGACACCGAUUCACCUCAGUACCAUGACCUGUCAAGGCAUCUUCAGGAUCAGAUGCAACAUGCUUUUAAUGACCUACCUGGAUUUAUGGAUGUCCAAGUGUUAAGUAUUAGUGAGGCAGAAGCACCUAAAGGAGCUGGAGGACUAUCUGCAGUUUACUCAGCUGUAUUUGAGACUACCUUACCUUCCAGUGCUGAUGGAAAUCUGGACAUUGGCACGGCUGUUUCAUCUACAGGACCAAGUCUGAAGGAUAUGAUAGUUAAAGCACUGAGCAAAAAGGCAUCUCUUCUUGAUCUUAAUUCACUGACCUUUGAGACAGACAAAGACCAGCCUUCAACGAGAAUGCCUGUGACUGUUUCUGAAGACAUUAUAACUGAGUCCUUUGAUCAAGAUUCAUAUGGUGACCUCAGUUUUCCAACAAAAGGACCAAAGAUUGAAGUUCAAAUUUCAUCAGAUGAUGAUGAGACCAUUGUAGAACCAACUUUGGACACAGACAGCACCACGACAACAACAAAAUCAGAAUCAGAAACAGUUGAGCCUGAGAGUGACGCAGUCAUUAUACACCAGCUUAAAACUAUUCAAGGGGAAACUGGUGAACUCAUAACAGAGAUUUUUCAAGUUCCACCAGUAGAGGAAGCUCCUAGUGAGGAUGACAGCAAGCCAGUUGUUAUUGCUGAAAAAGACUACAAUUCGGCUCCAACAUCUUCAGCUACUGCCUCAGCAUUACCCCCGAGUGAAGAACAGCCUAAGACUACAGAGAAACCUACACCAGAUAGUGACUUUAGUCUAAACACGAUACCAGAAGAUAACAUCCCAUUUCACCCGGUAACCACCACCCACAUUUUGUUCACCACUGCAACAACCGUUAGUCCUAGGUCUGAACAACCAAAGUUGGCUGUCACAACUGACUUUAGCAUCACCCUGCAACCUUCAACUGAACCAAUUGAUCCAAUAACUGAAGUGACAGAUUCUAAUGAAAUUCCAGAGGUGCCUCAACCAGUGGACACUGGAACUGUAGUAAAGGAAGAAGAGACCAAAGUGGUGAUGCCUGAACCAAACGAAGAGACCAAGUCUGAGGUUGAUUUACCCAAGGUAAAGGUUGUGACAACAGAAACUGUAGAAGUAUCUGGACCUGAGAAAGCUACCAAUGUAACUGGAGAUGCUGUCGUUUUAGAAGACCAGGUAUUACGACCUGAAGAAGUAGAUGCUGUCAUUUUAGAAGACCAGGUAUUACGACCUGAAGAAGUAGAUGCUGUCGUUUUAGAAGACCAGGUAUUACGACCUGAAGAAGUAGAUGCUGUUGUUUUAGAAGACCAGGUAUUACAGCCUGAAGAAGUGACUGUAGUAACAGAAAUGCAUGCUGAGUAUGGCACAUUAGAGCCUGUGGGAACAGUUGUGCUACCAGAACCAGAGGAUGAGAUUGAAACAUCAACUAACCAGGAUGAAGUAUCAGAACCCGAGGAAAAAGCUUUAGAGCCAGAUCCAGAGGUCAUUAUAGAAUCGAAAGAAGAUGUUGAGGAGCAUAAAACUGAUGAGGAGAUUAAAGUGAAACAAGUGGAUGACGUUCAGGCAACCAGAAGGCCAGAAACUGAGACAGGACAACCUAAGGAGGAACUUCAUUUAACAGAAAAGGGUGAGGUGGUGAAACCUGAAAGAGAAGCUGAUGAAUCAGAACCUGCUGAAGUUACAGAAUAUGAAGGCAGCGUCAAAACUGAACAGCCUGCUGUGGAGAUCGCGAUUGAGGUCCCCAAAACCACUGAAGGUUCAACCAAACCUCCUGCAGAGAUGAUUAAGAUUAAACCACCUGAGAUUUCUGUCACAGAAACUUACCUUGUUGAGAAUGUUGACUAUUACCAACCCAAAGAAGGUGCUAAUUUGCCUUUUGUGCCAGUUGACAGGGUUCAACCAGGCACAGACAUUGGUAAACCUGAACAUGUGGAAGACUUUGGGGUGGAGGAUCAACUCUCCAAACCAGAGGUUAUUGAGGGAGUUUUUGAGAUACCAGAUCUGGUUACAGAGGGAAAAACCCUAAGACCAGAAGUGUCUGAUGUUUUCACUACUGUAUCAAGUGCCUCAGAAUCUCUACCUGAAGUGAUCACAGAAUCAGCUUCGAAGAAAGAUAAGGACUUACCAUCUGUUGUUGGGGAUACUAAGGAGCCACAGUUUGAAGAGAUGGAGGAAGACCAAGAAGAAGAGACUGCAUCACAACCCACGGAGACACUCGCAACUGAUCUACCUUUGACAACACUUUUUGAAGUAGUGCUAACAGAUGAAUCGGUCGUUACGCCAACCCCUUUGGAAAAGGAUUAUGAUUCACCAACUGAAAAAGUACAAUCAACUGUUGCCCAGGAGUUACCAUCUGUUGUUGGAGAUACCAAGGAGCCAAAGCUCACAGAGAUGGAGGAAGACCCUCCGACAGAAGAUCUCCUUGUAGAACAAGAAGAAGAGACUGCAUCACAACCCAUGGAGACACUCGCAACUGAUCUACCUUUGACAACUUCACCUGCAGACCUUAACAGUUUUGAAGUAGUGCUAACAGCUGUAUCUGUCGUUACGCCAACACCUUUAGAAAAGCAUUAUGAUUCACCAACUGAAAAAGUACAAUCAACUGUUGCCCAGGAGUUACCAUCUGUUGUUGGAGAUACCGAGGAGCCAAAGCUCACAGAGAUGGAGGAAGACACUCCGACAGAAGAUCUCCUUGUAGAAGAAGAGACUGCAUCACAACCCAUGGAGACACACGCAACUCAUCUACCUUUGACAACUUCACCUGCAGACCUUAACAGUUUUGAAGUAGUGCUAACAGCUGUAUCGGUCGUUACGCCAACACCUUUAGAAAAGCAUUAUGAUUCACCAACUGAAAAAAUACAAUCAACUGUUGCCCAGGAUGUUGAUUUUACGAAGACAGAAAAUGACAAAAUGCUGAAUGUGGAAACUCAGGAAGUUGUUCUAACAGAUGCAUCAGUCGUUACUCCAAUAUUUUUGGAAAAGGAUUAUGAUUCACAGACCGAAAAAGCACAACCAACUGUUGCCGAGGAUGUUAUAUUUGAGUCAGAAAAUGACCACGUGCUGGAUGUGGAAACUGAAGACCCAUUUAUUCAUUUAAAAGAGUUAGACCAAAUAGAUGUAGUAAGUACUGAGACCAUUGAUCUCUUGAGUUAUGACAAUGGAUAUUCUUUCCCAAAUGAAGGAUAUCCCUUGGAGACAACAAGAGCGCCAUCACUAAAGUAUUUCACAACUCCUUCUAUGACCACAGCUAACAAAGACAAAGAACUAGUUGUGUUUUUCAGUUUGCGUGUCACAAACAUGCUGUUCUCUGAAGAUCUUUUCAAUAAGAGCUCUGCAGAAUACCGAUCGUUGGAAAACACAUUUGUUGAACUGCUACUCCCAUAUCUACAGUCUAACCUAACAGGCUUUAAGAAGUUAGAGAUUCUAAACUUCAGAAACGGAAGUGUGGUGGUCAAUAGCAAGGCAAAAUUUGCCAAGUCUGUGCCGUACAACAUUACUCAGGCUGUCCAGCACGUCUUGGAGGAGUUUUGUAAUGCUGCAGCCCAGCAUUUGGACAUAAAGGUUGACAGCCAUUCCCUAGACAUAGAACCAGCUGAUCAAGGUGACCCUUGCAAGUUUCUUGCCUGCAACGAGUUUUCCAAAUGCGUGGUAAACCUCUGGACAAAGGAAGCACAAUGUUUAUGUGACCCAGGCUACGUGACGGUGGAUGGACUGCCAUGUCGGAGCCUCUGCGUGGUCCAGCCUGACUUCUGUCUCAAUGGAGGAGAGUGUGAGAUUGUACGGCAUGGUGCCGCUUGCAGAUGUCCUGUAGGUAAAUUCUGGCAAUUUAUCGGGGAGAGAUGUGCAGAGCUGGUCUCCGUGACACUAGACCCCUUUCUUUCCCUAGUGUGCCUCGUGGGCGCGCUCACCUUUCUUUAUGCCAUCAUUUCUCUCUUGUUAUACAUGUGCAGGAAAUGUGUACGGACCAGAAAGACACUAACUCUAGUAGGCAGAGACCAGACCACCGUACCAGGCCUGACGAGUUAAUCACAGAAGAUUUACACAUUAUAAUCACUGUCACUGAGAGGUGGGACGUCCGAUGGUGCUUAUCCAGACAUUAAAAGACGUUUGAAAAGACUUCCCAUGAUCCCACAACCCCCGAAGGCUGUAGAAUGAGUGGCCAAACAUCCUGAACAGAUGGAGAGCCAAGCUGAAUGGUUAUGUAACCUGUCGUUCUCAUAAGAACAUCAAGAAAUGAGCUGGUUGAAUGUUUUCACAUGGCAGAAAGCAUUAUGGGUUUCCUCACAAUGAGGGAAUUAUUCUUCUGUUUGAUCAUAAUGAAUACACAAGUUUCACACGGUUCAAAAAUUCUAUGGAACAUCAUUUUGUUUUGGUGU